UCUCACUACAAGGAUAAUGAGGAAAAGACGGAGCUGGAAACGUCAGUGUAACUUGAAGUGAUGGAUACUAAGAGUGUUUGAGGAACCCAUACAUCUGACCCAAUGGCAAAGAAAGGCCGCGCCAAGGGCGAGAAGCCUGAAGCACUCAUCUCUGCCUUACAGGCAGCCAAUGAAGAUCUCAGGUCGAAAUUAACCGAUAUUCAAAUUGAACUGCAUCAAGAAAAAUGCAAGGUGACCAAGUUGGAGCGAGAAAAGGUGCAGGAAGGCAAGCGCAUUCGCGAACAGGAGCAGCAUCGGCAUACGGUGACGCUGACGGAGCAGCGGGCUCGCUGGCACGAGGAGAAGUUAAAGGAACUCGCAGCUCUGCGGGAAUCGCUAACACGGCAGCACGAGCAGGAGUUAGCACGUACCGCUAAGAUUAAAGAAGGUGAGAUCCAGCGUCUGCGGACUGCGCUUAGUGCACUGCGCGACGGCAGCGGCGAGAAAGUGCGCACUGCGCUAACGCUAGAGGCCCGAGAGGAAGCCCGCCGCUUCUUUGACCACGAGCGUGUCAAGCUGCUGCAAGAAAUAGCCGAGCUAAAAUCCUCCAAACGGCAGAAGGAUGAAGCACUUAAUACUAUAAUUUUAGCUGACAAGAUGAAGGCAGGUGACCUGCGCUCUGAACAUCAAGCGCACCAGGAGCAAAUUUCCAAGAUCAAGUGGGACAGUGAGCGAGAUAUUCGUCGACUGGUGGAUGAGAUCAAGGCAAAGGACCGGACGAUCUUCGCGCUGGAGAAAGAGCUGGAAACAGCGACAGGCUUCGUGCAGAAGCUGAUGCUGCAGAAGGAUGUGCUUGAUGAGCAGCUGUUUCUGGUGAAAGAGGCAGAAUGCAACCUGGGUAGCCCCAAAAGAGAGAUCCCCGGCCGCGCUGGAGAUGGAGCAGAGCACUGUGGGAGUCCGGACAUGAGAAGAAACCAGAAACGCAUGAGUGAACUCAAAGCCACCAUUCGUAAACUGGAGGACCGCAAUUCAAUCUUAGUGGAUGAAAGAAACGAGCUGUUGAAGCGUGUUCGAGAAACAGAGAAACAAUGCAAGCCGUUACUGGAGAAGAACAAAUUAUUAAGUAAGAAAAAUGAUGAACUCAGCCAUUCCCUUCAGAGGACGGAGGACAAACUUAAAUCCAUAACCAAGGAGAAUCUGGAAAUGAAGGAGAAGAUUACCUCCCAUCCUCCACUGAAGAAACUGAAGUCUCUGAAUGAUCUGGAUCAGGCCAAUGAUGAUCAAGAGAUUGAGUUCCUCAAGCUGCAGGUUCUCGAGCAGCAGAGCAUGAUCGAUGAGCUGACACGAGAUAGAGAAAAACUCUUGAGAAAGAAGAGGCAUAAACGAAGCAGACCUAUAAAGAGGCAUAUUGUUGUAGAUACAUUAUAUGGGUAUGAUGAAGAGUCCAUGGAUUCAGAAACUUCCUCCGUGGCUUCCCUGCGCAUGGAUCGAACCCCGGCUACUCCAGAUGAAGAUUUAGACGAGGGUCUUGCGGCUGAAGAGUCUGAAUUGCGCUUUAAGCAGCUGACACGGGAAUAUCAGGCUCUUCAAAGAGCCUAUGCUCUGCUGCAGGAGCAGAAAGGAGGUGUGCUGGAUGCUGAAAUGGAGGCUAAGGCUCAUGAGCAACUCCUGGCAGACGUUCAAAGGUAUAAAGCUAAAAUUGAAGACCUGGAAAACGAGCUCGGUUUAAAAGGACAGGACUCCAGAUGGGUGGAAGAGAAGCAACUGUUCCUCAGGCGCAAUCAAGAGCUGCUGGUGAAGGUUGAAAAGUCUGAGAAUGAAAACGGAAAGCUGCAGCAGGAGCUACAGGACUCUAAAGAUCAGAACGAACUCCUGGAGUUUCGCAUUCUUGAGCUGGAGGUUGAAAAGUCUGAGAAUGAAAACGGAAAGCUGCAGCAGGAGCUACAGGACUCUAAAGAUCAGAACGAACUCCUGGAGUUUCGCAUUCUUGAGCUGGAGAACUUGAGGAACGAGGAGCAGGUGGCCAUUAUUCAAGCCAGUACCGUGCUGUCGCUCGCUGAGAAGUGGAUUCAGCAAAUUGAAGGCACAGAAGCAGCUCUGCAUCAGAAGAUGAUGGACCUGGAGCUCGAGAUGGAGAUGUUCUGCAAACAGAAGGGUUAUCUGGAGGAGGAGCUGGACUACAGGAAGCAGGCGCUGGAUCAGGCCUAUAUGCAAAUCCAGGAGCUGGAGGCCACCCUGUACAACGCACUGCAGCAGGAUAAAGUCAUCAAAUAUGGAGAACCUCUGGACGAGCUGCAGAAGGACGAGUUACGCGCGGCUGUGGAGAAACUGCGCAGACAGAUGCUGCGGAAGAGCCGAGAAUAUGACUGUCAGGUGCUGCAGGAGAGGAUGGAGCUGCUCCAUCAGGCCCAUCAGAGGAUCAGAGACCUGGAGGAUAAGACUGACAUCCAGAGGAGACAGAUUAAAGAUCUAGAGGAGAAGUUUUUAUUUCUCUUUUUAUUCUUCUCUCUUGCCUUCAUUCUUUGGCCUUGAUGUCUGUGACAUCUCCUGCGGAGGAUCUGAAGCAACCUGGAGCUGUCGCAUGCAACUGCAGUCGUCCGGUUGCAGUGAAUCAAGGUGUAUUAGUGGCUGUUUUGUUUUGGUUGUGUAGAAGUGGGAAAGUCAGAGUUAAUGAUUAUAGACUACAUUGGGAUUAUCUGGAUUCAACCUCUGUGGAGGACCAGCACAGAACGCUUGAAAUCACACUUACAGAUCAAUAUAAGUGUGACAAAACAUAAUCAUCAACCCAAGUAGAGGAUUAUAAAUUAUCUCUGCCAUGCAGGGACCCGUCAUGACCACGUCUUUACUGCAUCUACUGCGACUGCUACCAACCAGAACCCACAGAUCUCUUUCUUUCUCACUCUGUCUGCUUGUCUGUCUGUCUGCCUCUCCUCCCACACACACUUUGGGAAAUUAGAAGCGAAAUGGACGCUUUUGCAGACACACACACACACACACACACACACACAUCCUCUCACAGGAGCUAUGGGUGCUGACUCAGGGCCUGUUUGUGAGGUGACUGUCGCAUCUCUGUUAUCAGGACCCUUAGGAGAGGUGUCUUCCUCACUGCCUGAAAACAGAAAGGAUAAAGAGACAGAUUGAGAGAGAAAGCGAGACCAUCCACACUAGCAGUUUUCGUUUACCCCUAGAAAGUUGAGUAGACUGAAAAACUAAUUCUGAGCAGCCUGGUUUUUACAUUUUUUUACAUUGGGCCUCAUUCCUCCAUCACAAGCGAAACGUUUUUGUAAAUCAUUCUUUAAAACAUUCUUAAGGUUUACGCAACAAAAGAAUUGUUGCACAGCUUGUGCAACUAAAACAAUUUUUAUGUAACAUGCUACAGUUUACGAAAGUCGUGAUGAAACGGAAGUAGCGACAGAACUUUUAUUAUGUAUUGUGACGUAC